AAAGGCAAUUCAAUUAGCCAAGCUUCUUCUUGACGACCACCUUCACCGUGAUCACCGGUACCGUAGUACACUUAUUCCAGCAGUCACUUGGGGUUCAAAUCGCCUGGUAGUGACCUUUCUUGCAAUGAUCCCCUCCUACGAUUUGACCUCGAUACCCAAGGGAUACCAUCAGUAUUGAUCGAGUAUCGAUCAACUCAUCAUCGAUGCAUCAUCGGUAAUAUCAGUCGCGACAGGUUCAUUAUCCACAUAUCCGCUGAUUUGGGUCGAGUUCCUGAUCAAAGAGAUCAAUCGAGUUCAUAACAUAUCCCAUAUCCAUAUCCCAUAUAGUCUCUCAGAGUCUUUCGUAGUCUCUCAUAGUAUUAUUAGGCAGUCACGGUAUAUAAAGUUGAUCCAACACUCCCACCUAACCUCUCUACUCAUCUAACAUGUCGGUCACCGUUAUCGAAACUGCUGAGCAGUACCAAGAACUCAUCAACAGCCCAGGAAAGAAAGCCAUCAUCGAUUUCUGGGCCGACUGGUGUGGCCCAUGCAAAGCCAUAGCUCCCCGCUUCCAAAAACUCGCCGAAUCCAACACAGAUGAGAACAUCGUCUUCGCAAAGGUAGAGCUCAUGAUGGAAGACCCAAACCAUUGGACGGUCCCAGUUGCGAACGAGCUGAAAAUCGUGUCUAUACCGCACUUUGUGGCCCUGAGUGAUGGCAAGAAGAUCGGGUCUCAGAAGGGGUCUCAAGUUGAUCUUGCUGCUUUUGUUUCUGAGAUCCAGGCUUCUGCGUAACUUUAAGUGAUACGUGCGGUGCCGCGCGAAGUUAUCUUAUCACAAUAUUUAGACUAGGUACUAGUGGAGUUGGGUCAAUCAAUUCACUUGUCGCAUUGCAAGCCCUGCAGGGGGGAGACCGUCAGCCACAAUAUU